AUGACAGGGAGCACCACGACCCCGACCCUCACCAUCCUUCUCUGUCUCGGGCUGUGUCAGGGCCCGUGGGACCAGGUCCAGGCAGAAGUUUCCCCCAAACCCUCCAUCUGGGCUGACCCAGGCCCCAGGGUGAGCAAGGGGAGCCCUGUGACCAUCUGGUGUCAGGCGUCUCUGCAGGCGGAUUCCUACAUUCUGUAUAAAGAGAGGGGCUCUCAGCCCUUGGAUACGAGGAUCCCAGAGACCUCCAGCAACAAGAUCGGGUUCCUCAUUCAGUCCAUGAGAUCACAGAAUACAGGGCUGUACCAGUGUGCCUACAACACUGGGCAUACACUGUCUGAGAGGAGUGAGGCCCUGCUCCUGGUGGUGACAGGAGAGCACAGUGCACCCUCCCUCUCAGCCCAGCCAGGCCCGGUGGUGAACUCAGGAGGGAACGUGUCCCUCUUGUGCAGCUCACAGUCCCCAUUGGACACUUUCCACCUGUUCAAGGAGGGAGGAGCUAAGCAACUCCAACACAGGAAAUCAGACCAGAGAUCCUAUGCUGGGACACGGCAGGCUGUCUUCCCUGUGGGCCCAGUGAGCUUCUCCCAUGGGGGGACCUACAGAUGCUAUGGUUCCUCCAGCUCCAACCCCAAUGUGUGGUCACAGCCCAGUGCCCCUCUGCACCUCGAGGUCACAGGUGUAUACAGGGAGCCCUACCUCUCAGCCCAGCCAGGCUCCCUGCUGCUGCCUGGAGACAACCUGACACUCCAGUGUCACUCAGAGCCCGGCUUUGACAGAUUUGCUCUGACCAAGGGUGAGGGGCUGACACUCCUCCAGCGUCUCUAUGGGCAGCACAGCCCCGACUUCCCCCUGGGCCCUGUGAACCUCACCCAUGGGGGCCGCUAUAGGUGCUACAGUGGUCACAACCUCUCCUAUGUGUGGUCAGCCCCCAGCACCCCCCUGGACAUCCUGAUUGCAGGAAUGUAUGGGAAACCCUCCCUCUCAGCCCAGCCAGGACCCUCAGUGCCCUGGGGAGCGAACAUGACCCUGCAGUGUCACUCUGAGGUCAGGGCUGACACCUUCCACCUGCACAGGGAGGGGUCCCUGGAUCCUCCCCAGCAGCUUCGUCUGGAGGACAAGGCUGGCCCCUUUCAGGCCAACUUCACCAUCAGCCCUGUGACCUGGGGCCACCAUGGGACCUAUAGGUGCUACAGCUCAAACAGCUCCUCCCCCUUCCAGCUGUCACAGCCCAGUGACCCCGUGGAGCUUGUGGUCUCAGCCCAAGGUCUCCAGUGGUCCCUGAAUGUCCUGAUCGGGGUCUCGGGGGCCCUCAUCCUACUGCUCUCCCUCCUCCUAUUCCUCUUCCUCCGACACCAGUGUCAGAGCAAAGGCAGGACAUCAGAUGCUGCCCUGAUGGACCCACAGCCUGGGGAGGGCAUGGAGCUGAACCCUCAGCAGAAUGGGACCAGGGACAGCUCCAAGGAAGUGACCUACACCCAGGUGAACUGCAGAUCAAGACUCAGGCAGGGAAUGGACCCCUCUCCUUCCUCUCUGUCAGAGAAAUUGCUGAACAUGGAGGGCAGACAAGCAGAAGAGGACAGACAGAUGGACAGACAGGCUGCUGCAUCUGAAGACCCCCAAGGAUGUGACCUACGCCCAGCUGACCCAGUUGACCCUCAGACGGGAGACAAGUCCACCCCCAUCCUCCCCAUCAGAGGAGCCCCCAGAUGAGCCCACUGUGUAUGCUGCUCUGUCCUUCCACUAACCUAGGAAGGACCUAGACCCCACACUCCAGGAAGGGGACCUGCAUGGACCCCAGAAGGUACAGAAGAUGUCCCCAAGGACACUUACUAGUGGCCCCAACCAGCCUGGAGACCUGAUGUGGGCCCCCAGUACCUCUGGGUCUCUCUGGGAGUCCCCUGUUUAUAUAGUCACAGAUAACCAAUAUUCCUACAUUUUAGAAUCAAAGAAACAGAUGUCUC